AUGCCUUUCCUUUUCGUCCUUGUCUUCCUUUUCUCCUCUCAAGUUCGGACUGCAUUUUCUGCACAUUGCAGCACCACUACACCCACUAAAACUUUUGAAAAAUGCAUGACACUCCCAACCCAACAAGCGUCAAUGGCUUGGACAUUUCAUGCCCGCAAUGACACCCUAGACCUUGUAUUUUUUGGUACCUUCAUUUCACCUUCCGGUUGGGUAGGGUGGGGAAUUAAUCCUUCAACGGCCGAAAUGACCGGUACUCGUGCUCUGAUUGCGUUUCCAGACCCUAACUCAGGUCAGUUAGUCCUGUUACCUUUUAUUUUAGACCCAACAGUGAAGCUCCAAAAAUCACCACCCCUCUCUCGCCCUCUAGAUAUCCACCUUCUAUCCUCCUCUGCCACCCUCUACGGUGGCAAAAUGGCCACUAUACAUAAUGGUGCCGCCAUCCAAAUUUAUGCCACAUUAAAACUUGUACCAAAUAAGACCAAAGUUCACUUUGUGUGGAACCGUGGACUAUACGUUCAAGGCUACUCCCCAACUAUCCAUCCGACAACCUCCAAUGACCUAUCUUCCAUUGCCACCAUUGAUGUCUUGUCUGGUUUCAGUGCUGCCCAUAAAGAUGAUACCAAGACAUUAAAGAUUGUACAUGGAAUCUUAAAUGCUGUCUCGUGGGGUGUCUUACUCCCAAUUGGAGCUGUGACUGCAAGAUAUUUGAGGCACAUACAAGCACUAGGACCAGCAUGGUUUUAUGUUCAUGCAGGGAUGCAACUUUGUGCUUUUUUCAUAGGAACUGUAGGAUUUGCCAUUGGAAUUAAGCUUGGGGAAUUAUCACCAGGCGUGGUUUAUGGGCUGCAUAGGAAGCUUGGUUUCACAGCAUUUUCCUUGGGCGCUUUGCAAACACUAGCACUGUUGUUUAGGCCUAAGACCACUACCAAGUUUAGGAAAUACUGGAAAUCUUACCACCAUUUUGUAGGGUAUGCUUGUGUGGUGCUAGGAGUUGUGAACGUUUUUCAAGGAUUCGAAGUAAUGGGAGAGAGCAGGUCUUAUGCUAAGUUAGGAUAUUGUCUGUGCCUAUCUACAUUGAUAGGAGCUUGUAUAGCUUUGGAAGUGAAUUCUUGGGUGGUUUUUUGCAGAAAAUCGAAAGAAGAGAAGAUGAGAAGAGAAGGAUUAAUUGGAGGAGGGUCUGAUAAAGGAAGUGUGAGCCAUGGUUAA